AUGUAAAGUUGAAUACAAGCUCUCAGUUUAUAAAGUCUCAUGAUUGUUGGGGAACUCUGCAGUGCAGAAUUGACAUUUAAAGACCAAGACAGACAAUUAGUUGAAUAUCUUGAAGUGCUAUACUCCUGCCUCCCUGCCUGCCUGCCUACCUGCAUCCCUGCCUGCCUCCCUGACUCCCUGCCUGCCUCCCUGCCUGCCUGCCUACCUGCCUGCCUACCUGCCUGCCAGCUGGUUUAGAAAAUGAUUUUGAAUUUUCCACAACUUAGAAAGAUAUGGCCUCAGGUAUUUGCUACAUUAAUCAGCUCCAUGGCGUAUCUUACUGUUGGGAUAAUGAGAUCCUGGGCUGCAACUGCAGUUCCUUCCUUGAAUAAACCAGAGCUGAGAGGAGAAAUCAAUGAAUGGGCCUUGGCCACCUCCCCGCAGAAACCGGAAAUAAUUUCCUGGAUAGUUUCCACAUUACCCCUGGGAGCUAUUUGUGGCAGUUUAAUAUCCUCCUUCCCCUUAAACUACCUAGGACGUAGACCUACCCUCAUACUGGCAGGAACAAUAUUUAUUAUCGCAAAUUUGCUGAUUGGCCUGGCUCAGCUAGAUGAUAUUGUCCCAAUGAUACUGGUGGGAAGAGUUAUGGGAGGGAUAGGAGUUGGAAUAACGAUGCCAGCAACUGUGAUCUAUAUAUCAGAGACCACUCAUUCUUCAUUACGAGGAAGGUUGGGAUGUAUUCCAGCUCUACUUCUAGCUCUAGGGGUUCUACUGGGAUACGCUAUAGGAGCAGGAGUAGCUUGGCAUCAGCUUGCCUAUAUCAGUCUUAUACCCCCUGGAAUACUUAUACUUGGUAUGUGUUUCCUACCCGAGAGUCCGGUCUGGUUGACCAGGAACGGAAAGGUUCAGCUGGCGAUUAAAUCAUCUGAUUGGUUUAACCUCGAAAACGAGUCAACCAAGCCCACUGCACCCUCUGCAAACAGUACUCAAGAAAAAGAUAACAACAACUUUUCGGAAGAAAAAACAGAACAGAGGGAAAACAAAACAGAAGAAAAUACCAAUACUACCGAGGAUAAUGGAAAACUAGAGGAAGCCCAGGCAGAGCAGCAAGAAAUCACACAAAAGUUUAUAAGUAGAGGUGUCCUACAUCCUCUAAGUCUCUCCAUGGUUCUAAUGUUCCUGCAAAGCUGGUCUGGUAUAAACGUUCUUGUUUUCAAGACGGUUGAGAUAUUCAACGCUGUUGGAAGCUCUAUUGACGAUUAUGUUGCAACAGCAGUUGUUGGUAUUGUACAACUAGUGGCCACAGGAGGUUCUGUGGUAUUGGCGGAUAAGGCAGGGAGAAGGAUUCUACUCAUGAUUUCUAGCUUGGUGAUGACAGUAUCAAUUGGUAUUCUGGGACUCUGUUUUUAUCUUAAAGGGAGCGAACCCUUGAUGCCGGAUAGCAUUGGCUGGCUACCCCUAGUUUGUAUUAUUCUUGCUUUUAUAGGAUUUUCUGUUGGGUUUGGUCCUAUUCCGUUUCUUAUAAUGGGGGAACUUUUCCCAGCUAGAUACCGAAAUAUCCUUGGUUCCAUCUCCUCUGUGACCAACCUGACAACUCUCUUCUUCCUUCUCAGAUUCUUCACAGAUAUGACGAGAGCAAUGACAUUCCAUGGAGUAUUCUGGUUGUACACUGCCAUCAACCUGGCAGGGUUCUUCUUUGUAUUCUUCUUCCUACCUGAGACUAAAGGAAGAAACCUGGCAGAGAUAGAAGAUCAUUUUAGCGGAAGGAAGAAGAUGAAUAGUGCAUAAACUGCCAACAGUGCACUCUCUAACAUGCCCAGUCAUGUGUGCUGUCAAUGACUGUAGAAGCUAUAUUAAGGACAUAUUUUCUUGAUAUAAUCAGCCCCCCAUCUCACACAAAAAAAACAUAUAUUUUUACCAAAUUAAAAUCCGAAUUAUUUCAUAAAAAAUGCAACAAACACUGGAUUAUCUAUUCAAAGCAUUAAAGAAUAUUAACCUAAAACUUAAUAUUCCGAAGAAACAUUUAAUGGAUUGAAAAAGACGCGGUGUCAGUGCACAGAGCACUUACUUUGCUAUAUUGUUAAAUAUCUAUUCUUCAUAUACUGCUUAAUAUCUUAAUCGCGGGCAUUCUAGUUAUUGAAUUGUACAUUAUGCUUUUCGUUCACAUAAAAUUAAUGAAUGUUUAAUAAUUACAAAUAUUUGUUUUUGAGUUUAUAUGCUUUAUACAAGUAAUACUGAAUCCAAUUCAAUUGGUGCAAAUUGAACUUAAUCUUUAUAUUCUUAUGCAAUAUGUUUCCCAAUAAUCUGUAUAUAAUCUUUAACUGCCAAGUAAGUAUACAUAAUGAAUACGUAAAAACUAAAAAAAGUUAAGUGUACCUUCAUAAUAGUUUUUAGCUUAUAAAUGUUAACAAUUAAUUCAUUGACAGAAGUAAUAAAUAACAUAUAUAUUAAAACCUUUUUUAAAACCUAAAUUACAGGAUUUAUUUAAGGUCUUAACAGAGAGUGUUAUGUACACAAUCGUAAUGAUUGUGAUUGUGUUACGAUAAUAAUCUGUGCGCCCAUACAUAAUAAAA